AUGGCAUCCAAACGCCCUCGGGAGGCGUGCGAGUCGGAGGACUGCAGUGAGCCGCCACCACCGCCUCCUCCUCCUCCUCCUCCUCCACAACAGCAGCAGCAGAGAGAAGAAGCGGAGCCCGGCGUGCAUCGGUCGCUGAGGGAGACCCGCUUUGCGGGCCGCUCGAUGAUGGAUGGCUUUCAGCAGCAGCUGGGUCCGUACGAGGCGCCCGACGAGGCGGCGGAUGUGGAGGACUUGAUGCAUGGCUAUGAGGACUUUGGCGAUCUUCCAGAGGACCGCCGCCAGGCACUGCUGGAGUCGGUUCGCGUGCUGGCACGCAAGGCCGCAGGAGCUAAGAGCUCAAACCAGCUGGAACACCUCCGCGUCAAGGCGUCGUGCCUCCCCGGCUUCAAAGACACCGCGCGGAAGUCGGAGCUCACCGCAGCGUACCGCCAACUGGUCCGUGCUGGCGAGCUGCAGGAGUCGCCGGCGGUCGAGGAACUGUUGGUGCGGAAGCGUGGCAAGUCGCACAGCGGCGUGCUUGUCGUGACAGUCUUCAUGGGGCCGGGGCAGUUCUCGUGCCCGAAGGACUGCCACUACUGCCCAAACCAGCCUGGAAUCGCACGCUCGUAUCUGCUAAAGGAACCAGGUGUGUUGCGCGGCUAUCGCAACGGAUGGGACCCCAUCCGGCAGUUUUAUGACCGCGCUAGUGCGUUGGAGAAUAAUGGUCAUGUGGUGGACAAGAUUGAGCUCAUCAUUCUCGGCGGCACAUUCUCCUUCUACCCGAAGAAGUAUGUCGAGGAGUUCAUGACGGGCUCCUUCUACGCUGCCAACACUUACUACGACUCUGCUCCACUGCGCCCCAUGAAGAGUCUAGAGGAGGAAAUCACAUGCAACGAGGAAGCCCGCUGUCGCAUCAUUGGCGUUACCGUCGAGACACGCCCGGACUACAUCACCACCACAGAAUUGCGGCGAUUUCGCUCGCUUGGUGUCACACGUGUGCAACUUGGGGUUCAACACCUGGACGAUGAUAUCUUGACUAUUGUAAACCGUGAGUGCCCAACAGCCAAGACGAUUGUUGGCAUCAAACGACUGCUUGAUGCUGGCUUUAAGGUGGACGCGCACUGGAUGCCUGAUCUACCCGGUAGCAGCUACCUAAAGGACCGGGAAAUGUUUGAGUAUCUCUUCUCUGCUGACAACGAGAACUUUCAGGUGGACCAGUGGAAGGUGUACCCAACCGCUACGGUGCCGUAUACGAAGAUUGAAGAGUGGUACCGCAAUGGACUCUACAAACCGUAUGCGGAGAUCGAGGGUGGGACGUGGAUGGUGAAGUUGCUUGUGUACAUUAUGGAGCACUGUCCCCAUCGUAUUCGGCUGAAUCGCAUCAUUCGCGACAUCCCAACAACAUACAUCAUGGGCGGCGAGCGGCGGUGCAACCUGCGGCAGGUAAUUGAGGCGGAGAUGAAAGCGAAGGGCAUCCGUUGCAGGGAUAUUCGAGAGCGGGAGUGUAAGGGAGCCCCUGUUGACCGCAACCACACUAAACUGUUUGUUGAUGAGUUCCGUGCGAGCGAAGGCACGGAGUUGUACCUCUCUGUGGAAAACAUGGAGCGGACAACGCUCUACGGCCACCUGCGCUUGCGGCUGCGCGACGACAGCAGUGCGGCGAAUGCACUUUACAAGGCACUUGAGGGCAGCGCGUUAAUACGCGAGCUGCACACAUACGGGCGGCUUGUGGCGGUGUCGCGGCCUAACUCCGGCAACGAGGCGCAGCACAUGGGCGUCGGCACACAGCUGAUGCGGGAAGCGGAGCGCUUGGCGUUGGAGCGCGGCUUCACGCACAUCGCCGUGAUUGCAGGCGUCGGCGUGCGACGGUACUACGCAAAGCUCGGAUACGAGCUGCAGGACACGUACAUGGUGAAGCGCCUCGCAACAGACGGCGCCAACGUCAUCACGGAGGAGCAGGUGGUGCAGGACGACGACAAUGAAAACAUCGGCUUUUUCUCCAAAUUGAAGGGUCUAUUCUUCGGGAGUUAA